AUGGGUUCAGUUCGUCUGCAGAACGGAAUGCUCCGACUUAUCAAGUGGACACCAUCUUUCUCCCCUUCGACCUAUAAAAAUACCUUUGCACAAGUCUGGGUUCGUUUUUGGGACUUGGGUUUUGCCUUUUGGGAUCAACACACUCUCUAUGAAAUUGCCUCAGGAGUUGGUACUCCAUUGAAACUGGAUCCCCGUACAAAAAACCGUACUAUUGGUUUGUAUGCCAGAAUCCUUGUGGAUGUGGACUUUUCACAAUCUCUUCCGGAUAAACUCAGAGUCACUAGAGCUAAUGGUGAAGUGGUAGUCAUUGGAGUUGAAUUCGAGUCUAUGCCGGUGAUUUGCAGUAAAUGUGGGAUUGUUGGCCACGUAGCUUCUUCUUGUCGAGCUGUGGUGAGUGAGGACGCAGUCCCAUGUGUUCAAAAGGAGCGUGGGAGAUCCAUGGUACGCUCUAGCAGCAAGCACCGCAAGCCGCGGUCUCGCAGAAAUCAUGCCUCGGCCCAAGUUACGGUACAUCCCUCUCCAACGCAACGUCCGCUUCAUCCACUGAAACUUGGGAUAACAUCAGGCUCUGGCAACCCUACUGUGCUUGAGAAACCUCUGAUAGAGGUUGACAUUCCAUCAACAAACCUAGGGCACAGUGCUCCCUCCAUGAAGGCUGUGGUUCAAUCAUUUGACCAACCUCCCAUUGGUCAUGUUCUGGAUAAUACUCAAGUCCCAGAAAAGACUGGGCAAACGGAGGAUAUUCCAAUGCGGCAAGUGGAAGAAGUUCAGGCUUCCUCCUCGCUUAGUGUGCCUCCAGGUUUUCAAAAACCUAUGCUGGUAACAGAACAGGUGAGUAAUUCAUUAGAUGAAGUGAGUACAGCUGGUGUUAACACGAUAGAAUUGGAGGAGGUAGAGUUCACUCCAGUCAUCUCCAAGAAAAAUAAAAAACUGCUUAAAGUGGCUACAAAGCCUAAGGCAGCAACACUACUUCCCAGUUCUCUCUGGAAAUAUUUGAAUCUUAAUUUAUGUGCUACUAAUGAUCGGGGGUCACAAGCUCCCAACCUUUGGUUGUUAUGUCCUAUUGAUGUUAGGCCCGUUCUGCUCUCGGCAACUGAUCAGCAAAUAACGGUAUCUUGUUCUCUGGAUGGUAUACACUGCACCGUUACAGCGGUUUAUGCUAAAACUACCAUGCAGGGUCGCCGUAAACUCUGGCAAGAUUUAUCUGAUAUUCAUCAAAAUAGAAUUCAAGGGCCGUGGUUGAUGCUGGGUGAUUUUAAUUGUGUUCUUGGUGCGCAUGAGAAACGGGGAGGGAGAGUUCCUAAUGCAAUUGCUUGUCGGGACUUCCAACAAAUGUGCACUUCUUGUGGCAUGCUGAAUAUUGACACUAAAGGAGUGUACUAUACCUGGUCAAAUGGCAGAACUGAUGUUAGACUUGACAGAGCUUUUGGUAAUUCAGACUGGUUCGAGGCAUGGGCAAAUUUCGAGUGUCGUACGCUUACAAAGUCUUCUUCUGACCAUUAUCCUAUCAUGGUUUCUUGUUCUCGAUUGGAUUUUGUUCCUCAUGCUCCUUUCCGAUUUCAAGGUAUGUGGUUUAAGCAUCCAGGUUUCUUUGCAAUGGUAAGAGAGUUUUGGACCAAUAAAGCAGUUUAUGGUUGUCCAAUGUAUAUCCUUGCAACUAAACUGAAAGCUCUUAAAGCUAUGCUGAAGGUUUGGAAUGCCGAAUCUUUUGGUGACAUUAAUCUGCGAGUUAAAGCCUCCAGAGCAGUGCUAGAUAGUAUACAACAGGAGAUUUCAGAUUUGGGGUCUUCAGAGGCCAGACUUAGACUUGAAGACAUGGCAUCCUUGACUUACCAAACAGACUUAUCAAUGCAAGAAUCUUUCCUGAGAAGCAAAGCGCGUGUUCGUUGGUUAAUUGAAGGGGAUCGCAACACUACGUUUUUACAUAAUAUGGUGAAGAUUCGUCGAGUUCAUAAAACUAUGACGUCAAUUAGAGUGGGGUCCCAAGUAUUUCAUAGUCAAGAUCAGAUUGCAUCCCAAGUGGUAGAUCAUUUUGAGGCAUUAUUCAGUAGGGACUCCAGUAUCAUUGACACAGGGCUAGUGGCGCGCACAAUUCCAACUCUAGUAACUGAGGCAGAGAAUUUAAGUCUUACCUCUAAGCCAUCAGCAGAGGAGAUUCAUAAAGCAGUGUUGAAUUUAGAUGGUUCCAGUGCGCCAGGUCCUGAUGGAUUUGGAGGUAUUUUUUUCCAAGAUUGCUGGGAAUUGGUAGCCUUGGAGGUAAUUGCUGCGGUAAAUAGUUUCUUUGACAAUGGUUUUAUUCUCCCCCAUUUCAACUCCACCUUAAUCAUUUUGAUUCCUAAGAAGGAAGAAGCUGAUAGUAUCUCAGAUUAUCGUCCCAUUGCUCUGGCGAAUUUCAUUUUCAAAGUAAUCACGAAAAUUUUAGCUGACAGACUUGGGUUGGUUGCUUCUAGGAUUGUUUCCUCUAACCAAAGUGGAUUUAUCAAGGGUCGUUCAAUAGUGGACCCAGUUAUUCUUACAUCUGAAUGUGUGAACCUUCUGGACAGAAAUGGUAAAUGGGGUAAUAUCGCUAUCAAACUCGAUAUCAGCAAGGCUUUUGAUACAUUAGAUUGGGGUUUUUUACUGCGAGUUCUUCAAGCUUUUGGGUUUGAUUCAUUAUUUAUCAGCUGGAUUCAUAAUAUUCUUAAGUCUGCUUGGUUGUCAGUUUUAAUAAAUGGCAAUUCAUGUGGUUUCUUUCAAUGCUCAAGGGGCGUCAGACAAGGGGACCCUCUUUCGCCGCUUCUCUUUUGUUUAGCAGAAGAGGUUUUAAGUCGAGGUUUAUCAACAUUGGUCUCAAAGGGCAAAAUCUCCCCCAUUGCAGCUCCAAGAAAGGUACGCCCUCCUUCUCAUGUAUUAUUUGCUGAUGAUGUAAUGGUAUUUAUGCAGAGCAACCCUCGUGGUCUUCGUGCUCUUAUGAAAUUCUUGGAUGAAUAUGCAAUUAAUUCGGGUCAGGUUGUGAACAAAAGUAAAUCAUCUGUUUUUUUGGGGAAAUAUGCUCAGCGGCGCAAAGUUUACAUCCAACAUGUUUUGGGCAUCAGAGAAGGAUCAUUGCCCUUCACCCAUCUUGGUGUCCCUAUCUAUAAAGGGUGUCCGAAGCCAUCCUAUUUCAGAACCAUUGCAGACAAAGUAAGAUGUAAACUCUCUUCUUGGAAGGGUAAGCAACUCUCACAGGCUGCCAGACUUCAGCUCAUUUCUUCUGUUAUUCACAGUCAGCUCUUGCAUAGUUUUCAAGUUUAUGCUUGGCCUAGGUCUAUUCUUUUAAAAGUGCAGCAAUGGACACGGAAUUUUUUCUGGUCUGGUGACCCCCUAAAGAAAGGCUCGGCACUUAUUGCUUGGGAUACAUGUUGUCUUCAGCUUGAGCAAGGAGGUUUGGGUUUAAAGAAUUUAUUUCAUUUUAACCAGGCUUUGCUCCUAAAGAAUUGUUGGAACAUAGUCAAUGGCUCAUCCCCUUCAGCAGCCCUCCUGAGAGAGCGUUUUUUUUCUCAUGAUUUGCUCCCUAUUCAGUAUUAUCAACGCUCCUCAAUGUGGCCUGGUCUUAAAAAAUUAUGGGGCUCUUUCUACUCUAAUCUCCAGUGGUUGGUGGGAGAUGGUAGCAGAAUUUCUUUCUGUUCGGACAAUUGGUUGGGUGCUUCCAUCUCUUCCAUUCAUCAGAUCACGCCAGUGGUGCAGUCCCUUAUGCCAUCCAGAGUUAGUGGUUUUAUUAAAAAUAAGCAAUGGGCAAUUCCUCCUAUCUUUUCUUUUUUCUUUCCAGAUCUUGCUUCAAGAAUUUCUAAUGUGGUGUUGCCUCUGGAAAAUGAGAGGGACCAAGUAAUAUGGCCUUCUAAUGCAGCUGGAAUGUUGACAACCAAAGAUGCUUUCAUGUUUCUCUCGCCACCUAGGCCUUUAGUUCCAUGGUGCAAUUUGAUUUGGAAUAAGGCUUUACAGCCCCGCAAGAGCCUAGUGACUUGGAAGGUCUUAAAAAAGAGGAUCUUAACUGAUGACCUUUUAGCAAGAAGGGGUUUUUCUCUCUGCUCUCAGUGCUCUAUUUGCCGAAUUCAGGGUGAGUCUUUACAUCAUCUUUUCUAUGAGUGUGAUUUAAUCCAUGUUUUUUGGAGUUGGCUUGUUCCUUUUUUCCACAAAAGAAUUAUGCCGGGUACAUCUCUUGUUGAUCUUCUAUCACCAGAUUUUCUAAAUGGGAUGACUAGUGCUUCAAAAACUCUAUGGAGUUUUGCUUUUUGCAAUGCUCUGUGGUGCAUAUGGUCGAUGAGAAACAAAAUUCGGUUUCAUGAGGCUACUUUUAAUUUAGCACUGUUUAAGCAUUGGUUUCUAGUUUCCUUGAAAGAGUCUGCCUCCAUUCACUUUAUGCCAUGCUCUAACCCUUUGAGAAUGCAAGGCCUAUUUGAUGUGCUAGGUCUUUCGUCCUUGACUGUAAAAGCUCCAAAAUAUAUCCCAGUGCAAUGGAUCCCCCCCCCCCCAAUGCAUUGGUUGAAGGUGAAUACAGAUGGUUCUUUUCGAGACAAUAGCACAGCUGGAUUUGGGGGGAUAUUUAGAGAUUAUGAGGGUCAGUUUAGAGGAGCUUUUGCUAAAAAAGUGGAGACUCUCAGUGCAAUUGAUGCGGAAGUGUUGGCAGUUAUUGAGGCUUUGAGGAUUGCUUGGGUUAAGAGUUGGACUCACAUCUGGCUCGAAACCGACUCCAUGCUGGUGGUUCAGUAUUUCAAAAAUCCAAAGUUAGUUCCAUGGAGGCUACGGAGGGCAUGGUCUAACUGUUUGUCUUCCAUCCGUAUGAUCCACUUUCGAGUCUCUCAUACUUUCCGGGAGGGGAACACUGUAGCUGAUGCUCUUGCUAAUCAUGGUGCUCUCAAUGUGGGUUAUAGCUGGUGGGAUGACCUUCCAUCCUUUAUUGCUGGUCAUUAUGGGCGCGACCUGUCUUCUAUGGUUUAUUAUAGAUUUCGGUGA